AGCAGCUCACGUUUUUUACGCUGCUAUCUUCACACUCACACAACAAACUCUCUCUCUCUCUCUCUUAGGGUUUCUUUCUUCUUCUUCUUCUUCAUCCUCAACGUAGCAUUCUUCCACCACAAGAUGUACCGAAAAUCUGAUUUGGAAUACUACCGGCGUAGAUAUUUUCUUGAGUUGAAAGAUGAUUACUACCAUAACCUCCAAAUUACUGACUCUACAUUUCGGUGUCCGUUCUGUUCCAACAAGGAUUAUUACUCUUUGACUGACCUUCUGAGACAUGCUUCAAGGAUUGCCGCUGACUCCCAUCGUGAGACUGUCAGAGAAAUUGCUAAGCACUCUGCCCUUGAAAGGUAUAUUCACUUUCAAAUUUCUCAACAUAAUAUCAAUGUUGAUACCGAUAUGUCACUUACUGUGACUAGUGCUGAGGCUCAGUCGUUCGAUGUGAAUGUUUCUAAACGUAAGUCACCUAGAGUGAAUGUUGCUGAUCAUAACUCAUUUUAUGCGAGUAUUGGUAAGCCUCACUCAGUUGAUUUGAAUGCUGUUAAGGAUCACUCGCUUGAUAUGGUUAUUGCUGAGGAUAGGUCACUUGAUGUGGUUAUUGCUAAGAAUAAAUCGCCCAUUGUGAAUACUGCUGAAGAUGAGUUUGUCUGGCCUUGGAUGGUAGUUCUGGCAAACAAUGUUACAAACUAUGACCCCAACUGUCGUAAGUAUAUAGGAAAGAGUCAUAAGAAAAUUAAGGAGGAGCUCUAUGCUAAAGGGUUUCAGCCGUUGAAAGUUACUGCACUGUGGAAUAUUAGAGGCCAAACACCGUUUGUCAUUGUUGCAUUUGGAAAAGAAUGGGAUGGUUUCAACAAUGCUUUGAAGCUAGAAAGAAGCUUUGAAGCAGAACAGUGUGGUAAAAGAGAUUAUGUGGGUUUAAGGGAGCGAGGAGAUAAACUCUUUGGGUGGAUGGCACGUGCCGAUGACUAUAAUUCUAGGGAUAUUGUGGGCAAACACCUCCGGGAAAAUGGGGAUUUGAAAACUGUUUCUGGAAAAGAAGCUGAGGAUAAUAGGAAAGCCUUGAAGCUUGUAUCUGGUUUGGCUAACACUUUAAAGCAAAAGAACAUGGAAUUGGAACAAACGGCAAGCAAGUAUGCUGAGGCUAAUGUGUUUCUGAACAGAGUGAUGAAUCAAAAAGAGGAGAUGCUUGAACACUUUAACAAAGAAAUAAGCAAGAUGCGGAAUGCCGAACGCAGUUAUCUGGAAAAUAUGUCCAAGGAUCAUGAAAAAGCCAUGCUGGAAUUGGAGGCUCGGAGAAAGGAACUUUCGUCCCUUGAAGAGAAUCUGCAGAAGCGUCAAGCAGAUAAUCAUAAUGAGAGAAAUAAGCUAUAUCUUGAGAAGAAAAAUAAUGAGAUGGCCAUAGAAGAGCAACAAAGGGCUGAUGACAAAAUGAUGCGUUUGGCUGAAGAACAUCAGAAAGAGAAAGACAAACUUCACAAGAAAAUCCAUGACCUAGAGAGAGGACUUGAUGCAAAGCAAGCAUUGGAAUUGGAAAUUGAACGGCUGAGAGGAGCUUUCCAUGUGAUGAAUCACAUUGGAGAGACUGAUCUGGAAGAGAAGAAAAAACUGGAGGCAAUCAAAAUGGAUCUGCGUGAAAAGGAAGAGCAACUGGAAGGGGUGGAAGAUCUUCAACAAACAUUGGUUAUUCAGGAGCGCAAAACUAAUGACGAGUUGCAAGAUGCCCGCAAAAAAUUAAUCACUUGGAUUGGCUGCCCAAAGAACACUUCUCGGGUCACAAUUUCUGUGAAAAGGAUGGGAGAACUUGAUAUUAAGCCGUUUAUGGAUGCAUCCAAGAGAAAGUUUCCGGAUGAAGGGAAUGGGAAAGCAGCUCAUAGGAAACUUGCCGAUGAAAGGAGAGUGAAAGCAAUUCAGUGGUGCUCACAGUGGGAUGGCUAUCUUAGAGAUCCAAGCUGGCAUCCGUUCAAAAUUGUAACUGAUAAAGAAGGGAACUCCAAGGAAAUUAUAGAUGAAACUGAUGAAAAACUGAAUAGUUUGAGGGAUGAACUUGGAGAUGAGGUGCAUGAUGCAGUAGCUACAGCUUUGAAGGAAUUAAAUGAAUACAAUCCUAGUGGGAGAUAUCCAGUACCUGAACUCUGGAAUUUUAAGGAAGGAAGGAAGGCUUCGUUGAAAGAGGGUGUUGAACAUUUAAUGAGGCAAUGGAAGUUGUCAAAACAAAAGAAAGCUUGAGGCUUCAUGUCGGCUGUAAGACUUAAAAUUAGACUUACACGCAGAAAAAAAAUUCUGCGUACUGAAUAGUCAUUUGUCUCCUUAUUUAGUUGGGUUUAAACUCUUAUCUUGAAACAUGCAUUUAAAGUUCACUUGGAAUUGUACCUGCCUUAGAAAUAAAGCAUUAUGCUUUCUAUUUAGCUAUAACCGUGUCUAAACAAUUAGCAGCAAGUGUUACAUAUAUCUUUUUACGGUAAAAUCUUAAACAUAUUUUGCAUGAUUUUAGACAUUGAGUGUCAAAUAUAGCAAAGCUGUAAUUUUUUAC